CUCAACUUCAGUUCCAUCACCUUCACAUCCGACUGACGGAUUCUUUCCCCAAGUCUUCCCCCCACCCCACUCAAUUAAUUGAUUUGCACUGCCACUCGUUUCUCGCUCCGUCGAUCUCCCUUUCUCUUCUCCUCUAUACUUAUGUAAAUUGCGGGCGGGUCCUGCAAGAUUCCCGCUCCAUCUCCUCCCCUCCUCCGUGCACCCUCGAAUGAAUGAUGCGCCCCAAGCCGGCGUCUUCACUGCAGAAGACCUACGAUGAUUGCUACUUGAUGUGCUCGACUGCUGUCUACUUUGAGGGUCAGAAUAAUGAAGAGGAAGCCUUAAGAUCUUGGCGCUCCGCCCUGGAAACGAUCUACUAUCACAACGCUUAUCGAGUCCCCGCCAAGUAUACCCCCAAGAACGAAACCGAACGAGCUCUGCAGGAUUCCAUCCGCCAGCUGGAGCUGCAAUGCCGCGAGCGUGUCGAUCUGCUCCAAGCCCUUCGCGAGAGUAGAAAGGAUAAUUCGGGCAAAUUGCCUCCCCGAACCACCCCCGGUUGGAUUGGCGACGGGACCGUUCCCGCCGUUGGUUAUACCGAUCUCUCGAAACCUCCUACCAUCCCCGGUCGUCCGACACCCACCACGACCGUCAGCUCGGAGUCUGUCAGAAGAGUAUCCGCUAGCACCGCCACUUCCCCUCCCCUACCUGGAACCCCCGCCAUCCGCACCCAGUCGCAUUCCCCGAGCAAGGCCGAUUCGCGCACCUCGAGCCCCGAGCGGCGGAAAUUGACCAUGCCGUUCACCCUGCGCAAUUCGGAGGGCAAGAAACAGAGUAAGAAAAAGGACAGCUCGCGGCGGAGGGAGUUGCGCCCGGCCGCAGCCUCUCAGGCCGCAGGGCUAGCCUGGGGUAGUACAUAUCCGUCAUUCACGGUACCGGAUAGAACGGCCAGUGAUGCCGCGCUGGCCUCGACCCGCGCCUCCAACGACUCUAGCAUCCGCCAAGAUCCCGAACCCCGUCGUCCGUUCUCUGGCGACGAGCGUGUCCCGAGAAGAGCAACGCAUCCGGCAGAUGAUCCAGACGAACGUCGAAUCGGUAGGAAACCCCGUGCAUCAGACCAGUCGGUAUUGCGUCGGCCGCCAGCGAGGAGAACGGCAACCUUAUCUUCAAAUACCACCCCAACCACCUCGACGUACCGCAAACCAAUCGGUCAGGUUCGACAUCAGUCCUCCAACCAGUCACUCCCUGCUUCGGUGGAACCAGAAUCGAAGGAACCAGAAUCGAAAAAUGCCGUUCGGCCGCAGCCUCCACCCAAACCUUCUAUCAAACCGAAACCUGUUUCUCUCCGGUCACCCCAUCCCACAUCCUCCCCAUCAGGUGUGUCACCGGAUGGGUUGGGCAAGUCGCGAGUCAAGUCGACAUCAUCACGCCCGCGGAUCACGCCCACCUCAUCUACCGAUGCCAGGCUGGUCCCUGGAUUGGAACGACUGACACUUUCAUCCAACGUGAGACCCGCCGCUCAAUCACCACAGCGCUUGACUCGCACCGUGACGCCCCCUUCCAGCGACCCCGAGUCAUCCGGUCCGAAGUCCACAGACCCGGAUGAAGAAGAUCUAGAGGAGGAAGAUGAAGAAGAUGCCAUCAUGAAUGUGAUGAACAAGCUUCCCAAGGGCGUCGAUGCGACUGCUGCGCGCCAAAUCCUCAAUGACAUCGUCGUCCGCGGCGACGAAGUCCAUUGGGACGACAUUGCCGGUCUAGACGGGGCCAAGAAGGCCCUCAAAGAAGCUGUCGUCUACCCUUUCCUCCGGCCUGACCUCUUCUCGGGUCUCCGCGAGCCAGCACGCGGUAUGCUCCUCUUCGGGCCUCCAGGCACGGGCAAGACCAUGUUAGCCCGUGCGGUGGCCACCGAAUCGCGGUCGACCUUUUUCUCCGUCUCGGCCUCCACACUCACCUCCAAAUGGCACGGCGAGAGCGAGAAGCUCGUACGCGCGCUGUUUGGCCUGGCCAAAGCGCUAGCCCCGUCCAUCAUCUUUGUGGACGAGAUCGACUCCCUGCUCUCGGCACGCUCCUCCGGCACGGAGAACGAGGCUUCGCGCCGGUCCAAGACCGAAUUUCUGAUCCAGUGGUCCGACCUCCAGCGCGCUGCCGCCGGCCGCGAGCAGAAGGACAAGAAGAUUGGCGACGCGAGCCGCGUCCUCGUCCUUGCCGCCACAAAUAUGCCCUGGGACAUCGACGAGGCAGCCCGUCGCCGCUUCGUCCGGAGACAGUACAUCCCCCUCCCCGAACAACAUGUCCGCGAACAGCAACUCCGGAAGUUGUUGAGUCAUCAAAAUCACGAGUUGACGGAUGAGGAUAUUGAAGUUUUAGUCCAAGUCACGGAGGGUUUCUCCGGCUCCGACAUGACCGCCUUGGCCAAAGACGCCGCCAUGGGCCCGCUGCGCAACCUGGGCGAGGCAUUAUUGCACACGCCGAUGGAUCAGAUCCGCCCGAUCCGGUUCCAGGAUUUCGAGGCGAGUUUGUUAUCGAUUCGUCCGAGUGUGAGCAAAGAAGGGUUACAAGAGUAUGAGGAGUGGGCGAGACAAUUCGGCGAGAGGGGCGGAUAAUCCGAGGACGGUUGGUCUUUUGAUUUCCAAAUGUACACUUGAAUCUGUUCUGGGUUUUACGGGCUGGGGAACACGGACUGGGAGUUCUUUCCCCCUAAAUAUACUUACUCUGUUUUGGUUCUUGUUGCUGGUGUACUCACUCAAUCUUGAGAUAAAAGGCGCUCCCUUUCUUUCUUUCUUUCCUCAGCCUUUUGUGAGUUUGUUUGUUCAAAUGGGUUGUUGGUUGUUGGUUGAUGGGAUGGGAUACUGGGAGCAGGAUAUUCAGGGCUGGGGGAGUACGGAUGGUAUGGUCUGGUUUGUUUCUUUUUUCUUUGAGGGGGGGGGUCUGGUUUCGUUGGCUUGUUUGUUCAUUCCCAUCACAGGAAUCACGAUCUCUGUCUAUAGGUAGUGGUCUGUAAAAUUGUGCAAUUGUACGGAACAGCUGGAGG